AGGCCGCAACGAGGACGACGAUAACAACAACGACAUAGUAAAACUGAGACCAAAGCUUUCUCUGCUCCUUCAACCAUGAACGUCUCAGCAAUCGGUGAGUCGAAUCGGGUUGGGCUCGACGAGUCGUAUCGACCUUUGCCUGCGCUUUACCUGGGUUUCCUUUCCAUCUGGUUCUUCUCCGCUUGCUCUUGGACUUUCAACACUUACAAAAACCGCCACCUCCAGAUAAAUAAUUUACAAUGGACUCUUGCUUCUGUACCAUUGAUUAAAGCCUUGCAACUCACUCUAUCUUUCCUUUUCUGGUAUUCAUGCUUUUAUCUUGAGCUAUGCUCACUGUGGAUGUCAUUCGGGGUGUAUAUAACUGGAGUGCUCUUUCAGACAGUUUCAUUCGUUUCCUUUUUGCUCAUCUCUCAUGGAUACUGCAUCACCUGCGAGCGCCUUUCCGUAACGGAGCGUCGAACUACUGCUGCACUCGGAUGUGUAUUUUACUUAACUCUUGUUGGCUACCGAGCUUCUGUACCUUAUUUCACGGUUCUUUUAAUGCUUAAUUACAUGAUUUCUUUCUAUGUAAUUUUUCACCACAUAUCACAAAAUCUGUUAGUGUUGCGGGAGCAAUUGACCUUUAUCGAGGAUGAGGAGGUCCAACCAAUGUUUGAUGCUGUUUAUAUGAAGUACAGAAUGUUCAAGAAAUUUCAGGGUGCUAUGCAAAUACUUGCAGUGGCCGAAACUAUGAUAUACAUAAACAUUGAUGACUCCUCGGAGAAUUACUGGCUUCGGUUAUUGGUUCGAGAAUGGGCUCAAUUCUGCAUCUUUAUGUACAUUGGGUGGACUUUUAGAUCACAAGAAUUGGCGCCACGUUUUUCUGUUAUGCCAACUUUGAAAUCUAAAGUGGAUUUAAUGGUCCCUCCGAUCUAUCGUAUAGAAAUGGAUGCAACGAGUUUUCAGGAGUUUCAAAGACAUGAAUGGCACAUCGGUGUGCCAACUUCUGUACGAGACAAAAGCUCAAGAGAUUCGGUUUUGGUAAUAAUUCAGCAUCCGAAUGCAUAUCGGCCAAGGACACUAGUUUCGUCGAGAAAACAGCCAGUAUAGCUUCUCAAAAACUGCUGAUUUUUUCCAGUGCAGGAUCAUGUAUAUCCAAAGAAAGCAUAGAUUAAUAAAGCCCAAUAUGGUGAGGAGCAAAGUUUUAUACCAUAAUUAACAGAGAUUUUUCUUACCCAAAAAGAAGAGAAGAAUCAAGUGUCAAAAUUCAUUGAAAUGGGGGUAACAGAGUAU